CAUCCGCAUCCCGUAUUUGUUCCUCUACUGUAAACUCUAAACGCUGUAAUAUUUAACCAUUUAAUUACAUUGCAUUACAGGCGGCAUCUUUACUCUGCAUGCGGAAUGUCUGAAAUCUUCAGACUGAACUAAUCGAUCACAGACACUGCGCUUAAUCGUUGACAGGACUGGACGCGACAGAAACAGAGAGCAGCAAGUGAUCUACCUCCCCACAACAUCCUGCUCGCUGUGGUGUGUCCCCCUACUGUUAUCCAAUCGCUGAUUCCGAUUCCCGACUUGGUCUACGCAGUUCUGUCUGUUCGGCAGAAUGACGUGUAAACCUUGGCCUCAGGGAAAGAAACUGGUUCACCUUGAUUUGAAAGGUGCCCCUCCAAGAUUGGGAUACUUCCAUCAGCUAAUCGAGUUCUUCUCUGAGCUGGGAGUGGAUGGCCUGCUAGUGGAGUACGAGGAUAUGUUUCCUUAUGGGGGGGAACUGAAACUGCUGCAGUCUACAACUCAGCCGGCUUACAGUCGAGAGGAUGUGCUGUCUCUGCAGGAAUUUGCCAAAUCGAAGGGCAUGGAUGUCAUCCCGCUUGUGCAGACAUUUGGUCACAUGGAGUUUGUGUUGAAACACCGGCCUAUGUGGGACCUGAGAGAGGUGCCGUAUUGUGUGGGAACCAUGAAUCCUCACAAAGAGGAGGGGGUGAAGUUGGUGAUGGAGAUGCUGAAGCAGGUGGUGGAGCUGCACCCGGGGCUGAAAACGCUGCAUAUUGGAGCAGAUGAGGUGUACAUCCUUGGUGAGGGGGAGGAGUCCAAGGUGUGGUUGGCUUCACCAGGACGCACAGUGGAGCAGCUUUUCCUGAGUCAUGUGACAAAGGUGGCCAGAGCCGUCAAGAAGGCAUGGCCACACAUGACUAUCAUAAUGUGGGACGAUAUGAUGAGAGGCAUGAGUCAGGACACGCUGAAAGAAAGUGGACUAGUGGGACUCGUCCAGCCAAUGUUCUGGGACUACACCCCAAAUCUAGAUGUCGAAAAAACUGUGUCUCUGCUGGAGAAGUACUGCAGUGCUGGUAUGCCGGACCUGUGGACGGCCAGCUCCUUUAAAGGCUCCACCAGCGUUUACACUUGUGUGCCCAGCACACAGAGACAUGUCGAUAAUCAUUUGCAGUGGCUGAAGGUGGCUGCUUCUUUAUCUGCUCGUAUAAACCUGCAGGGCAUCGCCAUAACAGGCUGGCAAAGGUAUGACCAUCUGUCAGUGCUGUGUGAGCUAAUGCCUCUGGCGCUUCCAUCACUAGCAGCCUGUCUCCAGACACUCAGCUGUGGUCAGUUCAGUAUUGAGGAUCAAAUCAAGGUAUCGGAAAGACUGGGUCUUUCCUCAGUGGAGGUAGAGGCCAUGGAAAGGACUUCUCCAGAAAGUGCAGUGUUCCCAGGACAGAGACUUGCGGAAUUAAUUGUGGAGCUGAAUUCCCUCCUUAACUCAGAGAACAUAAGAUAUUUUGAAAAUGACAUGUUUGUAAGAGGAUGGUUCAGCCCCUACCACCAACGCAGAAAGAUGGUUACCCCUCUCAUUACCAUGCAGAUUCAUAGCCAAGCAUCAACGUAUUUGACGACGUUACAACAAAAGGUGGCGGGCGUGAGGGAGGAGAUGGGUCAACUUUACCCAGAUUCAACAGUCCAAGAGUGGAGAGAACACGUGAGCCCAGUAAUGGCUCCAUUGCAGAGGAUAACUGAGGCAAUCAGAGCCUGCGUGAAGGAGAUGGUGCCAUAGAACUUCAGGGAUUAAAACUGUUAAAUUCAGCUCCUUUUGCAUCCAACACUGACAUUAUUUUCACUUGUAGUUUUGCGCUUGCUUAGGAGAAAAGUGCUGUUUGUGUAUUGCAUUAAUUGUCACAUUAAGUGAAAAUAAUAAGAGAUGACAUUUUCAUACACUAUUCCCAAAGAUGUAUUGAAUAAACACAGACUAUAACUAAUGACAACAAUAAAAUCUUUUAUAGUUGGCUGACACAUCAAAAA